GGGCGCGCGGGACGUGCCGCCGCGUCGUCGCGGGCUCAAUGGGCGGUGGCAGAGCAUGUGUACUCUGCUGUUGCUCGCCUGGGACCCUCUAGCCGGCCAGAAGCUGAAGCCAGCGGCUGCGGGAACACGGCCGCGGAGGAAGAGGGCAAGGACAGCCGGAGGCAGGCCGGACGUCCCUCUCCGAGGCUGAAGGGCCCGGGCUUCGGGGGGGUCAUGGCAUCGCUGGCGGAGAGAAUGAGGGGCAAUGGGCGCAUCGCCGCCGGGCUCCUGCUCAACCUGCUGGUGUCCAUCUGCAUCGUGUUCCUCAACAAAUGGAUCUAUGUGCACCACGGCUUCCCCAACAUGAGCCUGACCCUGGUGCACUUUGUGGUCACCUGGCUGGGCUUGUACCUCUGCCAGAAGCUGAACAUCUUUGCCCCCAAGAGUCUGCCGCCUUCCAAGCUCCUCCUCCUGGCCCUCAGCUUCUGUGGCUUCGUGGUCUUCACCAACCUUUCUCUGCAGAACAACACCAUCGGCACCUAUCAGCUGGCCAAGGCCAUGACCACGCCGGUGAUCAUAGUGAUCCAGACCCUCUGCUACAAGAAAACCUUUUCCACCAGAAUACAGCUCACGCUGUGGGUAGGAGCCAAACAGCAUGAAUUGCAAGUUAACUCAAUGCAGCUGCUGUACUACCAGGCUCCAAUGUCAUCGGGCAUGUUGCUGGUCGCAGUGCCCUUCUUUGAGCCACUGUUUGGAGAAGGAGGACUCUUCAGCCCCUGGUCAGUUUCUGCUUUGCUUAUGGUGCUUCUAUCUGGAGUAAUAGCUUUCAUGGUGAACUUAUCAAUUUAUUGGAUCAUUGGGAACACUUCACCAGUCACCUACAACAUGUUUGGACACUUCAAGUUCUGCAUCACUUUAUUUGGAGGCUAUGUUUUAUUUAAGGAUCCGCUGUCAGUUAAUCAGUGUCUUGGCAUGUUAUGUACAUUAUUUGGCAUUCUCGCCUAUACCCACUUUAAACUCAAUGAACAGGAAGGAAGUAAGAGUAAAUUGGUACAACGUCCUUAAUUGGUUUUUUGUGGAGAAAAGAAAAUCACCCCAAGAAGACUAAAAAAAUGUUAAGCGUGCAAGUUGCUUUCAAAGAAGAAAAAAAAUUACAUUGCAGAAUUCAAUGAAUGAUAGUUUACAAGAAGUAACACAAAGGGAAAUUUUAUAUGACUUUUUCAGUUAGAGUACCUUUAUUUUUAAGAACUUAAUUCACGCCUCUUUUCAAAGGUCAUGAUUGUAUGAAGUAUGUAGGAUGGUUUGGUUAUAACAAAUGAAGUAUAUGAAUUUAAAGUUCUGUAACAGCGACAAAGGACUUCAUAUCACUAAACCACAGAUGUGUCCUGGGAGUUAAGUGUUCAUACUCUUCCAAAGAAGGACUCAAGAACUUCUCUGCUUGCUUGUGGGUGGUCCCCAGUGUGAGCUCUCUUAUUAUUUUGGCCAGCAUUCAAGUCAGAAUUUAAACCUAGCAUUUCUGUUUUAGUUGGUUUAGUAUAACUUCCUGCUUAAUUCAUUUGUAGAAAUCCUAUCUAAUAAAGAGGAAAUAUGCUAAUUGACCCUCACACCAUUGCAAAGAUGGCGGCACCCACAGCC